GAAAUGGAUCAUUCAAUGAACUUCACAAACACAAUCAUUGCUAACCUGGUGGAACUUGAUGAAUGAAAGAGAGUGAACUGAAGAGGGAACAUUCUGAUCUAUCUAGAACCUUCAAGCUUGUGUUGGAAACUCAACAAAACAAGGUUAAUAUUUAGUGGAGUUAUGAACUCAUGAUGGAUUGCAUUUCUGGUUUUGCCUCUUCCAUUUCAAGAGAUUUGGUGGUAGGAACAACAAAUCAAUUGCGCUAUCCUUGUUGCUUCAAUGAUUUCAUUGAAGACCUUGAACAAGAGGAAGAAAAGUUAAUCACAACAAGGAACAGUGUUGAAGACCGUGUUAAACAUGCCAGAAAACAAGUAAUAAAGAAUGCUGAAGUUGUGAAUGCAUGGUUGGAGAAAUCUAACCCUCUCAAAGAUAAAGCAGAGGACUUAAUAAGAAAAGCAAGAACAAACAAGAGUUGUUGUUUUGGCUACUGUCCAAAUUGGAUUUGGAAGUAUCAUCUAGCCAAGAAGUUAGCAAAAAGAAGAAAGGAAGUUGAAAUGUGUGUUCAAGAAGGUAAAAUGUAUAUACAAUAUGAAAGGAUUGCUUCACUUCCAAGCAAGCAACAUUUCUUGGAAAAUUGUUUGAAGUUUGAUAGCAGAGAAGGUGACUAUGAGGAGCUUCUAGAGGCACUGAAAGAUGAUGAGGUUACUACUAUUGGAUUGUAUGGCAUGGGAGGUUGUGGUAAAACCACCAUGGCUAUGGAACUUAUGAGGACUGCAGAAGCUGAGAAUCUAUUUGAUAAGGUGCUUUUUGUGUCUGUGUCUAAUAUAGUAGAUGUCAGGAAGAUUCAAGAUAGAAUUGCCAGUGCUUUGCAGUUUCAGUUUCCAGAAGGAGGAGAAUCGGAGAGAGCACAGCGCUUGCGCGCGAGAUUGAAUCUUGAUGACCAGAGAACUCUUGUCAUUCUAGAUGAUUUAUGGCAAUCACUUGAUUUUGGUGUUAUAGGAAUUCCAUCAGGUCAAAACCAUAGAAACUGCAAGGUUCUCAUCACUACACAAUAUGAAACAGUUUGUAGUCUGAUGAAUUGUCAAAGAAUGAUUUACUUAUCAACCUUAACUGAUGAAGAAGCAUGGGAGCUUUUCCAGAAUCAAGCACAACUAUCCGGAAGCACUUCGGAUAACUUGAAGCAUCUGGGAAGACUGAUUUCAGAUGAAUGCAAAGGAUUGCCUGUUGCUAUUGCUGCUCUGGCUAGCACUUUGAAAGGCAAGGCUGAAGAUGAUUGGAAUGUUGCAUUGGUUAGAUUGAGGAAUUCAAUUCCGGUGAAUAUUGAGAGAGGUCUGAAAGAUCCUUAUAAAUGCUUCAGAGUAAGCUAUGACAACUUGGAUACCAAAGAAGCCAAGUCACUUUUCUUGUUGUGUUCUGUGUUCCCUGAAGGUUAUGAAAUCCCGGUUGAAACUCUAAUCAGAUUUGCAAUAGGACUUGGCAUGGUUGGAGAAGUUUGGUCAUAUGAGGAGGCAAGGAGUGAAGUAUGUGCAGCUAAGAACAAACUCAUAAGUUCUUGUUUGCUAUCAGAUAUGGGAGGAGGAAAGCGUGUCAAGAUGCAUGAUUUGGUUCGCGAUGUAGCCCUUUGCAUUGCAAGCAAUGACAACAAGGUGAUCAAGUGUGUGUUAGAAAAGAGUGCAAUUUUGGAAUCCAGAUCAAUAAGGUAUCUGUUGUGUAAGGAGUUUCCAAGUGAACUAAACUGUUCAAGUAUUGAACUUCUAUGCUUAGAAACAAAUUCAGAAGUAUCAGAUGAAAUGUUCAGAACAAUGGGAAGGCUUCAAGUUCUGUUUCUUAGCUGCAAAGGCCUUGGUACUAGCUCAUUAUCAACCAUGUCGUUUAAGUGGUUGAUAAACCUUCGUUGUUUAUGGCUGAAGAUGUGGAAAUUAGGUGACAUCUCUUCCAUGGGAUAUAUGACAAAGCUCGAAAGCCUUACGCUGCUUGGUUGUUCAUUCUUGGAGUUAACUGAAGAUGUAAUGGCACAACUAACAAAAUUGAGGCUGCUACAUUUGUCAGAAUGCAAAAUGGAGAGAAAUCCUUUUCAAGUAAUUGGAAGAAGGCCAUCGUUGGAAGAACUUUACAUUGAUGGUGAGACAUCUAAAUGGGACAAUGGUAAUGGAGGCCAAACUGAAUUCUUCAGAAAUUUUAGAGUCCCUCAAGCAUUGGCAAGGUACCAUAUACAACUAGGACACAAAUUUAAGGGUCAUGGAGAUAAAAUCCUUAGCUGCCGUAGAACCUUAAUUCUUAGCUGUUUUGAUACAUCAAAUGCAUCAGCUGUGGCUUUGGCAGAGAAAGCAGAGGUUCUGCUUCUAGCAAAUAUUGUUGGAGGUGCACAAAAUAUCACACCUGAUAUAUUCCAAAUUGAAAGAGAAGGAUUUAUGGAUUAUGGCUGGAUUCAGCUUUGGUUAUGUGAUUCUGAUGAGAUCAAGUGUUUGGUUGAAAACAGCAAUCAUCCCCAACAAAGGCUGAGAAAUAUGUUCUCUAGGUUGCGGCAACUAAGACUCGAAAGAAUGAAGAAGUUUGGAGCUUUAUAUCAUGGUGUGCCUCCUAGUGGCCUUUUUGAGAAGCUAGAGCAUCUAUAUAUAAGCAAAUGUCCACUGAAAACACGUCUCUUCACACCUGCAAUUGCUCGAGGUCUGCAACAGUUGGAAAAGCUAGAGAUAUUUUCAUGUGAUGAACUGAAGCAUAUACUUGAAGAUGAGGAGAUAAGUGGACAGGACCAUAGGGUGAUCUUCUCAAAAUUGAAAAAACUUCAUAUUAUGGGGUGCCAAAUGCUAGAAUAUGUAAUCCCAGUUACUUUUUCUCAAGGCCUUGUGCAAUUGGAGUCUUUGGAUAUAGAUUAUUGUGGUGAGUUGAAAUAUGUGUUUGGAGAAUGCAGCACAGAUGGUGAUACAGGUCAUCAAAAUGGAAUCAACAUUGAGUUUCCUGCGCUUCAGGUGCUUCGACUUACUGAUAAUUGGAACAUGAUUGGCAUUUUCCCCCAGUGUUACAGAGCAGGAUGGCCAUCUCUGCAUAAGUUUUAUUUGGAAUAUUGUCCAAAGCUUAAGAUAAUGUCCAUCAAUACUUUCAAGGCUAAUGAAUGCAAGGACACACUGGCCAUUGAGAAGGACUUCCUCUCUUGGGAAACCAUAUGUAUACACAAGUCCAAAGUAGAAACUAUUUUUAGCCUCGAACAGGCCGAGAUCAUUGAGCAACCGGUGAGAUUACAGUUAAGACAUCUAGAACUUUCGCAUCUACGUCAGAUGAAGCAUAUUUGUGUAGGUUUGAAAAACUUUUUUGUCUUCCAAAAUCUAAAGACAUUAGAGAUCAAAAGAUGUGAAAAGUUGGAGGUAACCUUUCCUGCUUCUGUUAUGAGAUGCCUUCCAGAGUUGAAGCAUCUAAAGAUUAUAAAAUGCCGGGAACUGAAGUUGAUCAUUGAAGAGGGUGAUGCAGAGAAUCACAGAUUAUCAAAUUGUGUUCCUCCACAGCCAUGCUUCCCAAAGCUGUCUGAACUGAUUAUCACAGACUGCCAGAACUUGGAAAGUUUAUUCCUUGUCCCCGAAUCGAAUGAUCUUCCAAAUCUAGAAGUGCUCAUCAUAGUUGGAGCUGGUAAGCUAAAAGAAUUGAUCAGAUAUGAAGAAAGACAAAGUGAUCAAAUAAGAAACGUGCAAGUUAAGCUUCCAAAGCUUAAACUUCUAAUGCUGAUGUCCAUGUCUAAUCUUUGCCAAGAAAUUGAACUGCCCUCUGCAGCACUUUGUGUCAUCGAUGAAUGUCCAAAAUUCCCUCUGACUUCAUCGGUUGCUACCUUCAAGGAGUUUGAACGAAAAAUCUCUGAAUUGGAUAUAGAUCUGGAGGAUCUGGAAAUAGCUGGAAUUGAUCAAUGGAAAGUACUCGACAGGGUUCGCGAGAUUAAUAAAUCAGAUCAGAUUGAAGAAGAAGAAGCAGAGAUCAAAAUUGUUGGAAAAUCUUCUUAUUUUGAUAUACCAUCUACAUCUACAAGUCCCUUGGACAUUGCUGUACAUAAAGCACACUCACAUGAGUUAAUGGAUGACCAAUCAGUUACUGAACUAUCUUUCACAAAUCAACAAAAGCCUCUCGGCAAAAUCAGGGCAGUUCAAAUUCCACAGAGUAUUGAAGGAAUAGAGAAAACCUGUGUUGGAGAAGUUCCAGCAUCACUGAAGCCAAUAUCACCAAUUUUUGGUUCAGAAGUAGUAGCAAAACCUCUAUAUAAAAUACCCUCUAUUAAUGUUGAAGACAAGAUUAAAGAAGGCCAAAAAAUGCAGGAUGUUAAAGAUAGUAUCCAAGAGCAAGAGCAACCUCACUUAUCAGAUAAGCAAGUUGUCUCUAAUAGCAAUAUUGAGGUUCAUGGAGAUUCGUCGAUGAUAACGAAAUUGGAAGCAUUUAAGCAGUUUGCUGAUCUUGAUGAUGCACAAAUUGCACUGCUUGCUGAGGCAAUAGCUGUGUAUCCUCAUCUUUGGAAAGUUGUUGAGGAUUUCAGCAUGCGCUUUCAAGCUUGGAUGUUGAAGACUUUGGUAGAUAUAUUAUUCUUCCUCCGGAACGAAUCUCCGGCCAGUGUUACUCCUCAAGGGAAGAAGGACUUCCAGAAACUCUGUGAUGAAGCUAUUCAGUUGGGAUUUGACAAGUCAUGGAUUCAUGAAAUGCAUCAACGUGUUAUGGUUAUGGUUAAGGAUACUAAUGAUAAUAAUAAUAAGGUGGAUCAUGCACAAGAACAACUUGGUGAGCUUCUUAAGAAGCAUGAUCAUCUAACUGAGCAACUUCAAAGCAUUAAGGCUGAAAUUGUUAGUCUCAGAGACUUUGUUGAUUCUCACAAAAGAUGUUUUGAUUUUCUUUGAUUUAUUGAAUUGUUUCUUGUGCAAGCAAGCACUCAAUUACAUGCAUGUGUUUUGUAAUAACUACAUAGCACUCAGUGCUAUCAUUGAUCAUAGCAAAAUUGUGAUGCAGAAAUUGCUGCACUCAAAAAUUUAGCUUCCUCUUUAUUUUGUCAGGGAUGAAAUUGACAAAAUAAUCUCAAUGACUUUGUUGAUUUCUCAAAAGAAAUGUUUUGAUUUCCUAA